AUGCCGCAUACUAUCCUGUUGCUGCAACCAUGUGCCAAAAAACCAGACACACGCACCUGGUCAGAUUAUGAAACUGUGGAACAAUGCUUGGAGUGUGUUUGCAAAAUUUACGAAGAACAUUUGAAACGAGAGAAUCCGAAUGCACCAACAAUAACAUAUGAUAUUUCCCAGCUAUUUCAGUUUAUCGAUCAGUUGGCGGAUCUGAGCUGUCUUGUAUACCAUGAACCGACCUACACAUAUGUGCCUCACCCGAAAAAUUGGAUAAAGGAACAGGUCUAUAUCUUGCUGCGUAAUCAAGCUGGCCAGUGA